GUUCUGUUCUCCGCAACUCAUAAUCAAGAAACUGAGAAGUUAAAAGCGUAGCAAAAUAAAGAGAAUAUUUUAAAAAGGAAUUUGAAGAUGCAAGCAGCAAAGGAGAAAGCAGCUAAUGUUGCCGCUUCGGCUAAGGCUGGCAUGGAAAAAACCAAGGCCGUCGUCGGAGAGAAGGCGGAGAAAUUGACGACAAGUGAUCCAGUGCAAAAACAAAUGGCGACGGAGAAAAAAGAAGAGAGGAUCCAUCAAGCGGAGAUGGAUAAGCUGGCAGCACAGGAGCAGAACGCGGCCUCGAGACAAGUAGCUGCUACCGGAGGAACUACUGCUUAUACUGCUAGCGGCGGUGUGGCUCCCGGUCACACCAUGACCGGGGCCCAUGGGACCACUACGGUGCCUACUGGGACAACAACAGGCGUGGUUGGGACACAGUACCCACCGGGGACCACUACUGGAACCGGAAGUGCUACUGUUCAAGGUCCUAAUACUGGUGGACGUCAUGGAUCUACCACCGGUUCUGCCUUUUAACUAGGAUGAGAGGUGCUUUUGGAGCAAUUGCAAUGAGUACUAGCUAAGAAUAGUUACGAGUGUGUGUUUAUUUUUCUUUGUUUUGGUAGAUAAACGUUCUUUUCCUUCUGUAAGUUGUAAAUUUAGUUUGUUGUGAUGUCGUGUAUCCAUAUUAUCUAAUGUAAUACAAUACACGAUAGUAGCUAGAAAUAGGAAAAUUGUUCAUUUUUAUCUAAUGUAAAUUUAGUUUGUUCUGCCAUAA